AUGCUUACUCAAGUCCUUUAUGGCUUGGUAGCCAGUGCCCUUUGGCAAGGCCAAGUCGUUGCAUCACCAAGCAAGGACAAUUCACUGGAGCGCUUCAUUGACAAACAAGCUGAUAUUUCUAUCAAGGGUGUCCUUGCUAAUAUUGGCGCUGAUGGAAAAAGGGCACAGGGUGCAGCGCCUGGUGCUGUUGUGGCAAGUCCAUCGAAAGAAGAUCCUGAUUAUUGGUACACUUGGACUCGUGACUCUGCUUUAACGUACAAAGUGCUCGUUGAGAGAUUCAUCCACGGCGACAAAUCUCUCCAACGAAAGAUAGAUGAAUAUGUCUCCGCACAAGCGAAACUGCAAGGGACCACAAAUCCAUCGGGCAGCCCAGAGUCGGGCGGUCUCGGCGAGCCAAAGUUCCAUGUGAAUCUCACUGCUUUCACUGGAUCUUGGGGUCGGCCUCAGCGCGACGGCCCUCCGCUUCGGGCUACCGCCUUGACUCUGUAUGCAGAAUGGCUCAUUUCCCACGGCGAAAGAUCCAAGGCUUUGAACAAAGUCUGGCCAGUCAUCGAGAAGGACCUUGCGUAUACUACCAAGUUCUGGAAUCGCACUGGCUAUGAUCUAUGGGAGGAGGUUAAUGGAUCUUCUUUCUUUACACUUUCGGCUUCGCAUCGUGCUCUUGUCGAAGGUGCCGCUCUGGCUAAGAAACUUGGCAAAUCUUGUCCUGACUGUGUCACCAACGCUCCUCGCGUUCUGUGCUUCCUUCAGACUUUCUGGACUGGUGGCUACGUUGACUCCAACAUUAACGUCAAGGAUGGUCGCAAGGGUCUCGAUGUCAACUCCAUCCUCUCGUCCAUUCAUACAUUCGAUCCCAACUCCAAGUGCACCGACUCGACGUUCCAGCCUUGUUCACCCAGAGCUCUUGCGAACCACAAGGCGGUCGUCGAUUCUUUCAGGUCAAUCUAUGGUGUCAACAAGAAUAGAGGUCAAGGCAAGGCCGCGGCUGUUGGUCGAUAUAGCGAGGACGUGUACUAUGAUGGCAACCCUUGGUACCUGGCCACUCUUGCUGCUGCAGAACAACUCUACGCUGCGGUCUACCAGUGGGAUAAGCUUGGCGCUGUUACUGUUGACGAUGUAUCUUUGUCUUUCUUCAAGGAUAUCGUUCCCAAGGUCUCCAAAGGCACUUAUGCCAAGAAGACCAAGACAUACAAGGAGAUCAUCAAAGCAGCCAAGACUUACGCCGACGGCUUUGUCGCUGUCGUGCAGACAUACACUCCCAAGGACGGCUCACUAGCUGAGCAAUUUGACAAGUCAACUGGAGCCCCCAAGUCCGCUGUUCACCUCACCUGGUCCUACGCCGCCUUUGUCGCCACAACUGAACGUCGCGACGGCAUCAUCUCUCCCUCCUGGGGCGAAAGCAGCGCCAACAAGGUCCCCGCCGUGUGUCAAGCUGCCCCAGCAUGUGACACAACCAUCACCUUCAGUGUCAAGAACGUGCAAGUUUCAUCCGACCAAAAGGUUUACGUGGUUGGCUCAGUGACUGAGCUUUCUAACUGGUCACCUGAUGAUGGCAUUGCGCUUACGCCAUCUAGUUCCGGAGUGUGGAGCGUCAAGGUUAAGAUUCCUUCUGAUACAAGCUUUGAGUACAAGUAUAUCAAGAAGACUAGCAGUGGGGAUGUUACGUGGUUGAGUGAUCCCAACAACCGGGCUAUUACGGGUAGCAAGUGUGGAAGUACAAGUACUCUUGAUGAUGAGUGGAGGUAG